AUGCUCGAGAAGCGCCAAGUCGGAGUCCCCUCCACUGCCGCUGCUGUCGCCGUGAGCAAGGGCCGUGGCAACUGUGGCCUGAUCCCCUGCACCACCUUUGAUGGCGCAUCUCAGCUCGUCAGCGUGUCGGGCUCCUACGAGUGGACUCCUCCUCAGGAGGGCGACAUCCGAGGCCCCUGCCCCGGCUUGAACGCCGCUGCCAACCACAACUACCUUCCCCACAGUGGUGUGGCCACUAUUGCGGAGACCGUCGCUGGUCUCGGCGCCGCCUAUGGCAUGGCUCCAACACUGGCUGCAGCCUUGGCGGCGUACGCUAUCAUCUUUGAUGGUGACCCAGUCCUGGGCACGUGGUCUAUUGGUGGCCCACCUCCUGCUGAUCCCCUGACCUCCGGCUUGCUCGGCGGAGCACAGGGAAUCAGUUACAGCCACAAUAAUUACGAGGGGGAGUGCGUCACCUCCAUUGGUCGCAACGACGCCUACCUUAACCACGGAGAUGCCUACUCCCUCAACGUCACCCGCUUCGCGGAGGCCUAUUCCACGGGUCUUUCGGACGAUCGAUACACUCUCGAUGGUUUCGCGCAGCACUUCCUGACCAACGUCGAGUUCUCUGUGGCCAACAACCCGUACUAUUUUGCAGCUCCAUUCGCCACCACCGUCGUUGCUCCUGCGGCGUACAACUUUGUGAUCAACUUCAUGAGCAACCACAGUGCGGAGGAGCCGAACGGAUACUUAAACGGCGCCAUCUUCAAAGAGUUCUUUGCCGUGACUGGCGACUACCCCAACUUCAAGUGGAUUCCGGGUAACGAGCGAGAUGCAACCACUAACACCUCAACCAGGUACAAGCGCUCCACUCUGAACGAGUACCAAGCCGCGAACGUCUUCGACGACGUCGCCGUCAACUACGCCGCCUACCCCAAUUCCCUCCGCAUUGGAGGUAACGUGAACGGCGUCAACACCUACGAGGGUGUUGAUCUUGGUAACCUCACCGGCGGCGUGUACAACACCGCCGACCUCCUCAACUACCAGGACUCCUCGGGGGCCGCUUGCUUCUACACCCAGUUCAUCCAGGCCGUCAUUCCCGAUGCCGCCGCCACCCUCCUUGGUGAACUCUCGGCCAUCACGGACUUGGUCAACAACUACAUCACCCCUCUCGCCGGCAACCUCAGCUGUGCCGAGAUCAACCAGUACGACCAGACGCUCUUCAACAAGUUCCCUGGUUACCAUUAUGACCCCACCGGCCCCACCUCCAACUAG